CAAGGACCGACGCCUUGCCACUCCUUUGCAACGUCAUUGCCGCUAGGUGGUAGCAUCGCCGGAGGUACCGCCCAGGUACCCACGCCAGCGGCUGUCGGAGCGCCCCUUCACCGCCCCCAAUCUUUGCCGUUCUUUCUCCUUCUCCCCCGGAUCUUCAUUAUUCCAUCGUUCGUCAGUCAGUCAUCAUCAUCUCACUCGGCCAUCACAUCACAUCACCGUUCCUUUCCUCCUCCUCCUCCUCCUCCUCCUCGUCGUCGUCGUCUUCUUUCCUUCACCUUCUUCCUUUCCUCUCAUCUUCGUCUUCCGUCUUCCAUCCUUUUCUUCGUCCAUUGUCUCCUACCUCGACUUCGCCUCGUCAUCCCAUCUCCUCCAACCCCAACCCGCCACGAGCCAUCUCAAGUCCGGAAUGAGACUGCAUUAGCUUCAAGAGAACAAAUUACCUCAUAUGACCGUUACAGGUUGAACUACUUCUCUUGUUGAUUCGUUUCGUUGCAGUGCAAAUAUUCUUCCGUCCUUGUCCUCGCCUCCCUAGCUCCAAACGACACUUUCACCAACCAUCGAUCGCUAGCUUCCAUCAAGAACAACAAAGCAGCUUGUGUCUUCUGGUUUUCAGCCAACCGCCUGUUUUGUAGCAAGCGUCUUAUUUCUCCUUUUGCUUUCAGUAGUUGGUUGAGUUCUUCAGGGCAAAUAGAGGGACCUCGUUUCGUGUCCCAGACACCGCCAUAUCAAACUGCCAUCCGCGUCGUGAUCACAGUCAUCGAGCCGGCAACCCACACCCUCAGAUGUUAUCUGUUCGACAAGUGCAUCGAUAACAGACCUUCGAGUCGUCAGUGACGGUUUGCUACGCAGGCCCUUCGGACAUUAAACCCGCUCUGAGCCUACCUUGACGUGUGGAUCUCCUUUUCUGUCCGAAGCUUAGGCCAACCUUGCCUGUGUCGCCCUCUUGAUCCGUGACUCAUCGUCUUCUGUUAUUGCUGUCUGAACCAGUGUCCUCCCCCUUCCAUACAGAGUAAUUGGUUCAGCAACAACCUCCCGGUCUCCGACGAACCUUCCAGCCAGGUGUUCGAGGUUCCCCCUAUCGUCAAUAAUACAUCUCUCUAAUUCUUUUGGUUUCUUUUCCCAUCACGACCUUUUAACGCAGCGAUUUAAUCUCAACUCUCCUCUUAUUACCUCCUUUUGACGUUUCGCCAUACCUGUUUUCAACUAAUCGACCCUCGCCUGUCGAUUCCGCUCACUCUCUUUCCUUUUCUCUUUUUUUUCUUUUCGAGGAUCCAGUCCAGCCAUCAAAACUUCCCAGAUGCAAUCAUAACGGUCUUUACCCAUUUCCUACUCUCUUUACGUGUUGCGGCGGUUGCCUACCGACCACCAAGUCCCGGACGACAACAUUUCUUUUGUAUUCAUAUAUCGACCUUGAUCAUCUUGCUUAUAUGAGCCCCUGAUCCGAAGUUACGUUACGGUGUUUUCGCUCUUCUCAUCUCCCUCGCCUUUUGGACUCACCCGGUAUUCCUUUUUUCCCAUCCGGCGGAGGGGAUCUCAUAUUAUAUUUUAUACUUGCACAUCUAUCCCACUUGUCUAUAUAUAUCUCUUCUAUUUUUUGCUCUCUUUUCUUGUGCUUUUCGUUAGCCUUCAAAUCCUCGCCGUACCCCUCACUCCUCCCGCUUCUUCAUGGACUGCCAGUUCCCAGUGGAAGAUAUGGAUUUCCUGCGGGAUAAAUUUGUCGAAGGAGAGCUCCUCAAUAGCCGAUUCCGGACUGUGGCACCAUUGAAUCAUGGCUCGUUUGGAAUGGUGUUUCUCGCAGAUGACACCGUGACCGGCGAACAAGUUGCUAUCAAGUGUUUGACAAAAUCAUCCUCUGGCGACUCGUACCCUCUAGCCGUGGAUGAACGGUCCGAAGAGUUGGAAUGCCAUACCCGCCUGGGACACCACCCAAAUAUCGUUAACCUCCUCCACUCUUUUGAAACGGAAUCCCACAUAUUCUUGGUUCUUGAAUAUUGCUCGAUGGGAGAUCUGUACGAAGCCAUUAGGAACAAUCGUGGCCCUUUGGAAGUUGAGCAUGUCCGUGCAUUGAUGUUGCAGCUUGUUAGCGCUGUCGAGUAUAUGCAUUCGAAAGGCCUAUACCAUCGAGACAUCAAGCCUGAGAACAUCUUUCUCACUCACGACGGCUCGAUGAAACUUGGAGAUUUCGGCUUGGCCACCAGUAGCCCUUGGUCCUACGAGGCAUGCGUUGGAAGUGACCGUUACAUGGCCCCAGAACAAUACGAACCCACUCCGAGUGGUUAUUCGACUGAACAAGCCGACAUCUGGUCUGUUGGAAUUUGUCUUCUGAAUAUCUUGUUUGCGAGGAACCCCUUCGUUACCCCAACCGAAUCUGAUAUUUUCUUCGCCGACUAUACUCGCGACCGCCAGUCUCUCUUUGACAUCUUCCACAACAUGUCUCAAGACACUUUUGAGAUACUCUCCAAUGCCAUGGCACUUGACCCGAAAAAACGCUCGCUAUCUGGCAUUCGCGAAUCUAUCUUGCGUGCUGUCUGUUUCACUACUGACGAUGAGGUCCUUGAUGAUUUCUGCACCGAAGACCGUGAGAUUGUCGCCGCCAAUGCGGAUAGGGAACCACUUCGAACCCCCUCUAUCGCCAGCCCUCAUAUCAACCAGGGGGAUUCCUUUCCCUGGGCCAAAGCUUUGCAGGAGUCCCCAGCUCAACCGAUCAGACAACUCUCUGCCAUCCCAGAUACGGAAAGCUAUUCGGAAGAUUUGUUCUCAACCUCGGGAGCGGAGGCCAUGUCCUGGUUCUCCGUACAAGCCGGGUCACCCUCAAUUUCUGCCUUGGGUUCUACCUUUGGGACUUCGUUCAAGUCCAUGACCAUUCGACCAGCUGAGAAACGUUUCGCAGCUCAUUCUGACCCUGUCACGAUUAGCGGUUCUCUGCCAGAUCGUGCCGGAAGGCCAAUCCCAGCAAUGUCAAUGGUCUUUGGAAAGGGUAACAAUGAGAUGUCCAAGAGCUGGAGUGAUCUUUUUGAUGAAGAGGAAGAGGAGUCCAAGAAGGAAGUGAUGAGGCAACGAAAGGAACAAAACGCUCGCAGCUGGAGCCAGGAUAGCCAAAUGGAGAAGACAACACCCCGUCCGUCUGGUUUAUCCGAAGCCCAGGGCUCGUCAUCUGCUAAUUCUCGAUCCUCUUCCCCCAAUGACAAUCAAAAGAGCGUUGCGAUUCCGACUCCUCUAAAGCCAAACAAAGAUCUUGCAGAGAAUCACCUCCCUGGAUCCAGUUUCCAUUCGCCAAAGCACCAUCAAAAGCAAUCAAUCAUGGACAAAUGGGCAGCUCUCGGGAACAAACGACGCAAAUACCACCCCAACCAUGAACAUUCAUCGUGCUCGAGGAAGCAGAAGCAAAUGUCAAAAAGCUGGCGCAAGGAUGCAGGCCUAGGUUCUCCGGGUUUUGAGGACCGACACGUCGAUCAACAUUUCCUUGCCAUUGACUGGCGACGGGACCCUUUCGAAACUAUCAAACCGAAGAAAUAUUCGACCAUCAUCGAUGAUGAUUUCGAUUGGAUUGGUGGCUGGCACGACUUGCAUAUCUGAGAACUAUAACUGACAUACUCCCCUUAUUUCUUUUUUUCCCUCUCCAAUUCCCCCCCCCCCCCCCCCCCCUUCUUUGCUGGCGAUCCCCGAGCUGUUGGUUGUUCGCUGCCUGCCUGCUGCUGCUGCUCUUUCCCUCUCCACCUUCCCCGGUUGAAUCACUUUGAACCAUAUUACAAUUUAUUAACAUCAUUAUUCCUAAACUUCUCUCUAUUCUUUUUAACUGCCUUACCUGGUUUUCCGCUUGUUGUGGUGUAUACACAGCCUUUUUGUCUCAAAAAAAUUUCGCGCAUUUCCCCUAACUGAAGGCAAGGAUUGGCUUGCUCUAAGAAAGAUCAAUCUUCUGCUUGUACUAUAUAACACACGUUUUACAUCCGUUAUUGGGGCAUACAUUCAAUUGCACUGCGGAACCGAGCUGGUGUUGGUUUGGAAGAGAUUGCACAUUUGGUACACCUGGAGCGGCGUUUUCAACUUCAAUCGAUUCGUUUCUGCUGCAAUUCUGUUUUUGGGUUGUACCACCAUCAUAUCUGUGGUUCUUGUCGAAAUUAUUUGAGCCCUACCGUCGUUGUUUUCUUUUUCUACUACUAUAUUUUUAACCUUCUUAUCUUUAUUGUUUAACCCCAUUGGCCAUUGGCACGGGGCAAAAAACAUCACAUCCCAGCACAGCAAGCAGCAGUUUUGAUAUAUCGAACAUUUUUCAGGAGCGGAAGGAUCCAUGGCAAGAGUUCGGAAGAACGAGAGGACAACGAAAAGUAUACAUAUCUAUGUAUCUAUAUAAAAGAUAAAAAAGCCCGUGGCAUUUGAGCCAAAGAAAAAUGGGGGCGAGCGCAAUAUGUUUUCGUUUCCAUUUUGCACACACAUGUCAGCCACUUUUCCGAUCCUGUUUUGCAAAAGUGGAAGGGGGGUGUAGUUUAGUUUUAGUUUGGCCGCCUAGCGGUCAGGAAAACGAAAUGAAAAUAUUUUUUUCCCUCGAGAAGUGAGAGUUGUUGUUUUAUGUCAAUCUUAGUAACUUCGUGCCAUAGAUAGAUAUCCAUUCCAUGUUGCUUAACCCAAGACGUGAUAUAUAUAUAGAGUACAUUCUGUAUCGCGCGGCCAUAAGAGGGCGGGUGUGCUAGACACUGCUUUCAUGAAAUAUAAUGACAAUAAGUUAACGGCACAUUACAUACUCCGCCAUAAUGUACGCUGUCCCAUGUACAUGUACAUGUAGGAGAAAUAACAGCGCUGAAAUCCCCCAUCGUUUGUCUCCCCGCCGCCACCACGCCUGUUGGCUGUUGGUUUGGUGGUCUCCCUUUGGCGGCUCGCGUGGUCCCACUUUGGCGCCUGCCCCAGUGCCCCAUUUGUUUCUGCUCACCGACUCCGAUGUAGUUAGCAGUACUGCCAGUGUAGAGUAACUACAGCGCAAAGAAAUAU